AUGGCGCGGAGCGGCCGGGCGGUGGGGAAGGCGCUGGCCGAGCGGCUGGCGGCCUCGCCGCGCAGGGGGGCCCUCAGGCACUUGACUUCCUGGGAAACGACGUUGAGCAAAGCCCCUCUGCAACCAGCGCUCGCAACACCCUGUGUGCUUUCGAGAAGAACUUUCUUUAACAUCACUUCACCGCUGGUGAACAAAAGAAAAGAAUAUUCAGAAAGGAGGAUUAUCGGGUAUUCUAUGCAGGAGAUGUACGACGUGGUGGCCGUUGUCAGUGAAUACAAGAGCUUUGUUCCUUGGUGCAAGAAGUCCGAUGUGCUGUCCAAGCGUUCCGGAUACUGCAAAGCGCACAUAGAAGUCGGAUUUCCUCCUAUAUUGGAGAAAUACACCUCAGUGGUGACGCUAGUGAGACCUCACUUGGUUAAGGCAUCCUGUACAGAUGGGAAGCUGUUUAAUCAUCUGGAGACUGUGUGGCGCUUCAGUCCGGGAAUCCCUGGCUAUCCAAGAACCUGCACCUUGGAUUUUUCAGUCUCCUUCGAGUUUCGCUCUCUUCUGCACUCCCAUCUGGCCACGCUGUUCUUCGACGAGGUCGUCAAGCAGAUGGUGGCUGCGUUUGAAAGGCGAGCGUCCAAGUUGUACGGUCCAGAGACCAGCAUACCUCGAGAGCUGAUGUUCCACGAAGUGCAUCACACAUAAAAAAAGGGAAAAAUAGUCCUGUUAAGUUAUUUGUACAUCUUGUUUAUAUACGUGAAAUUUGUUUUCAUGUGUGCCUCAA